AUGGAGUGGUUCGGCCGAGCCAAGCUCAACUUUACCCACUCAGCGACGCCAGUUUCGCUCAAGUGCAAAGAUGGGACGGCGACAGACAUUGUCAGUCUGGUCAAGGAGACCACGCCGCCCUGCCACCUAAAUCCUCUGCUCUUCAACGGCCACAUGCAGACCUUUUGGACCGCCACCAAGCAGCAUGGCCCGUCCAUCUACUACCGCCGAAAGAUUUUCGAGUCGGACAACCCUAGCGUGGAAGGCACCUUUGCGGUCGACUUCAUCGAUGAGCCCUUCGAGGAGACGGACCCGGAUCUGCCCCCAGGACGCAAGCCCAUGCUAGUAAUCCUCCAUGGCCUGUCGGGUGGCUCUCAUGAAAUUUACUUGAGGCAUGCGAUAGCUCCAUUGGUGGAGAGCGGCGACUGGGAGGCCUGCGUGGUGAACUCGCGGGGUUGUGCCAUGAGCCCCAUCACCACCGGCGUCCUAUACAAUGCGCGGGCCACGUGGGACAUUCGACAGACUGUAAAAUGGUUACAAGAGAAAUAUCCCAACCGUGCCUUGUUCGGACUUGGUUUUUCUCUCGGCGCCAACAUUCUCACCAAUUACUGUGGCGAGGAGGGCGCCGACUGCGUGUUAAAAGCUGCUGUUAUCUGCUCGAACCCGUUCAACCUUGAGGUCUCCAACAAGGCCCUUCAGCGAUCCAUCCUAGGCAAAGAGGUGUAUCAAAGGGUGAUGGGCUCAAACAUGAAGGAGCUCGUCAAGCGCCACGAGGAGGCUAUUGAGAAGUUCACCGUCCUUGACCUCCAGCGCCUUCAAAACGUCACGUAUCUCUACGAGUUUGACAGAGCUGUCCAAUGUCCUCUUUGGGGAUACCCCACGGAAGACGCCUAUUACCGCGAUGCCUCUUCUACAGAUGCCAUACUGGCCAUUCGCAUACCAUUUUUGGCCAUCCAUGCCACCGACGACCCUAUCGCCGUCGACGAAGCCGUCCCCUACAAUGAAUUCAAGGCCAACCCCUACACCGUGCUGACCACCACCUCCCUCGGAGGCCACCUAUGCUGGUUCGAGGUGGGCGGCAGUCGAUGGUUCUCGCGUCCGGUAAGCCAGGCCUAG